AUGAAUGAAACAACAGACGACAAUAAACUCGAACCUCAACCACCAAUAACGCAUGUUGUGGAAGAUUCUAUUGCAUCUCGCACGAAAGAAAUAACAAAACGGCCAAAACGUGAACGAAGUCCAACUGUUCAAAUUCUCCCACCAGCUCCUAAAAUAAAAAAAGUCAAAGAGGUCGCACCCAAAUUACCAGACAAAACAAAAUGGACUAUGGAAGAGCAAAAGCAAUUUUUUAGUGCACUUCGUAUUUAUGGGAAAAAUUUCGAAGCACUAGGUCAAUUUUUUAACACUCGACGUCGUCUAGUAAAUCCUGAGGCACAACAACGUACCUUUGGUCAGAUACGUUGUUUUUAUUAUCGAUCAUUUCGUACAGUUUCAAAACUAUGUACAUUCACUGAAGAAGAAAAAUCUAACGUUGAUUCACUUGAAUUACGUUCUGUUCUUGCUUAUUUAUGUUUGAAACCGAAAGUUAAAUGUUUUGAUAAAAAACCAACAAUAUCUGUUUUACAUCACUUGAUUCGUAAUGGCAAUGCAUUUUUACGUGUAAAAGGACAACGAGAACACGUAUCCAUUAUUGGUAAAGCAUUAAAACCACCAAAAACGACAAAUACAAUUGGUUCAUCAAAACAAACUGAUCGUACCUUAUCAAAACAUGUAAAAAUUCUUCUAAGUCCACUAUCAGCGAAUGCAUACAUGCGUGUUGGAUUAUCAUGUCGAUAUCCUCAUGUUGAAAUCUUAUUAUCACGUUCAACAACAAUCUAUGAAUUAAUAGAUAAAUUAACUCAAUAUUGGCAACUAAAUAAUCAUGCUCAAUCGUUGUUCAAAGAUGAUUUGUCAAUAGAACAACUUAUUUUAUAUCCUCAUGGAUCCCAUUUAGCAUCAACUGAUCAAUUAGUCGUAACAAAUGAAUCAGCUUCAAUAUUAGAACUUUCUUCAAGAAAACAACCUCGUUCACGAUCUGAUUCUGAACAAUCAGUAGAACCAUACACGGAUUUAUCAUUAAAUUUAAUUCGUAAGCGCAAUCAUUUAUCGGAAAGUGAAGCGAAUAAUGAAUCAAUAGGAAUUAAUAAUCCGUCUGUAUCGCCACCAGCAGCAGCAGCAGCAGCAACAACAACAACGACGACCGCAUCAAGUACAAAUAAAUCAAAUUUAGCACGAACAGCUAUCUUAUUAGCAGCAAAACGAGCAGCUUGUAAUAACAAUACGAAUAAUUAUGAUGCAUCAACUUUUACACUAGUGGACUGUACGGAAGAUGAAGCAGAUAGUAAUGCAGGUGUAUUUAGACAACGUUUUGAUGCUAUUGAUCUUACAGAUGAGUUUGCUUCUGAAGAUGAGAUUGAAGUCGAUCCUAAUCUAUCUGCUCCAACAGCCACAACAUUACCAACAACUACAGCAAAUAAUCCAACAAUGACAUUAGCUGAUCUCUCUCAAGGUAUAACUCGAACAAAUCCACUAUGGUCUACAUUAACUAUUGGAGAAUUACAAAAGCUACUUCAACGUCCUAAAGAAAUUCGUCUUAUCUAUGAUUUUAAUAAUUUAACUCGUACAAAUACUAAUGAGUCAUCAUCAACAUCAUUUCUUCAUUAUGUUAUUCAAAUAGCAAAUCAAUGUUUAACAUCUAUUGCUGAACGUCAAUCACAAGCUGAAAUGAAAAUAGCUAAAAAACAAACUGCAAAAAAGCAACAAUCACUACGAUCAAAAUGUUAUUGUUCGUGUUGUUCAUCUCAUCAUCAACAUUCAUUUACUGUGAAAGAUCAAAAACGCACAUUAACAAAAACUGCUAAUUCACCAAAUGCAGAAAUAUGUGCCCUAUUACAAAUGCCACAAACAAUACCAAUGCAAGAUUUUUCAAAUGAAGACAUGUUAACAGUACAAACAUCAUUAAACAACAAUACGAAUUCAAUAUCAGAUGGAGAUUUGCAUAACAAACAAUCAUCAUUAUCACAAUGUGAUGAACAAGUUGAUAUUUUUGAUAAUCUUUCUUGGCCACCAACUACAGUAACAAUGCCUAUGGAACAAUCUCAAGUUUCUUCAAUUCCACCACCACCACCACCAUCCCUGCCACCACAAACCCAACCAAUUACAACAUCAACGAAUACAACCACUGAACUUCCACCAUUAUUAACAUUAUUACUUCCAAUGAUGAAUGGAGUCGAGCCAACACCACCUCCAUCAAUUCCUCAACCUAAACAACCUGCUAUUGUCUUUAGUAGUAAUAAUGGUAUUAUCGAUGAUCCAUUAAUUCAAUCAUUAGCUGCAGAACAAGCUGCAUCAGCACAUAACUAUGAUCUUUUAUCUUAUCGGCAUAAACGAGUUCGACGUCCACUACGGUAUGGUGAUCAAUCAACUCGUCCUUCAAACAUUCAACUUUUACUUGAUGCAAAUAUAAAUGCUCAACAAAAUGCAGCAGCAAAUCAACGCUUAAUGUUUAAUGCAAAUAACAAUACUAAUUUUCUAACAUCAAUAGAUAAUCCAUUUCGUAGUGACGGUGAAAAUCCUAAUGAUCUUCUAAACGAUAAUACCAACAUGAGCACUAUUUCACUGAGCACGACAAUUAUCAAUGCAGCAUUACAAAGCAAUACUUCACGAAUGCGUCUCGACUGGCCAGAUAAUAUGUCUGAUCUGUCAUUUGGUAGUUUUCCAGACUUACUUGACUCGAAUAUGUCAUCUGGUGAAUUGACGAACUUUGAACAGUCGACAAUCAAUGAACAAAAUAAAUGUGCAUCUGAAAGUUCAAUAUCAGAAGCACUGUUUGCCAUUAAUAAUACGACAAAUUUACUACUUCAAAAUUGA